AUGGAUAUCGCCAUCGUUACUGCCGCAGUAAUACUCACUGUCACAAAUGAACAGUUUGUCGUUCCUCCUCCGGUUGGACCACAAAAGCGGUUCUCCAACGAGCCGUACUGCACAACUCCGCAGACUGUGCAUGACUGUUAUGUCACUUAUCUUGAGAAGUAUGGAAUUCAUUCCGGGCCUCACUACUUACCAGGAUACGAACAUAUAGACGCACAGUUGAAGAGCAUGCCUCUUGCCAAUAUAUGCCGGGACUUCGAUGAACUAAUGGUUUGUCUACGACUGGUUUCCUAUGACUGCAUAUCGAUUCCAGUAUUCGAGAGAUUCACGCAGUGGUAUGGUAAAGUGAACGAGGAAGCCGUCGCCUACGUCCAGAAUCACGCAUUCUUUGAAUACGCUUGUGGAGCAGGCAAACCGCUCUUCCUCGCUAACCACGAUUGCCUCUCGAGGGCAUUCAACGCUCAACCUCUUACACAAAGAAUCAACACGUGUCUACCGCCUGAACCGGAUAUGUGCACACGAGCUAUAAAGGCAGUGGAAUGCUUGAAGGAGUCUCUUAGUGCGCAGUGCUCAGUCGAUGCUGGUGUAGCAGCAUGUGGAGCAGCGACAAACGUUGCACAAAGAGCGCAAGAAAAGAAAGUUUUGGACGGAGGUGGAAAAGAAGGUCUCAGGAUACUUGGUGUUACAGGCGGUUCAGUUGAGACGUGA